AGGACCGGCCCCCACCCCUGCCCUUGGCUUCCCGGACCUGCGGAGGCUGCCGAGGGUGGGCGAUCCGGGGUGGCCGCAGGGAAAAGUGAUCCAACCCGGUGCCGGACUGUCUGAUUCCCCGCAGGUGCCUCUGAUCGGCCCUCCGCUCCCACCAUGGGGGAACUAUUCCGGAGCGAGGAGAUGACCCUGGCCCAGCUCUUCCUGCAGUCGGAAGCUGCGUACUGCUGCGUCAGCGAGCUGGGAGAACUGGGGAAGGUGCAGUUCCGUGACUUAAACCCAGAUGUGAACGUUUUCCAGCGGAAAUUUGUGAACGAAGUCCGACGAUGUGAAGAAAUGGAUCGCAAACUCCGCUUUGUGGAGAAGGAGAUCCGGAAGGCGAAUAUCGCAAUUCUGGACACGGGCGAGAACCCCGAAGUGCCCUUUCCUCGGGAUAUGAUCGACUUGGAGGCCAACUUCGAGAAGAUUGAGAAUGAGCUGAAGGAGAUCAACACCAACCAGGAGGCACUGAAGAGAAACUUCCUGGAGCUGACCGAGCUGAAGUUUAUCCUGCGCAAGACCCAGCAGUUCUUCGACGAGGCUGAAUUGCAUCAUCAGCAGAUGGCGGAUCCAGACCUGUUGGAGGAGUCCUCGUCCCUCUUGGAGCCGAGCGAGAUCGGGAGAGGCGCGCCCCUGCGGCUCGGCUUUGUGGCCGGAGUGAUCAACCGGGAGCGGAUCCCCACCUUCGAGCGCAUGCUGUGGCGGGUGUGCCGAGGGAACGUGUUCCUGCGCCAGGCGGAGAUAGAGACCCCCCUGGAGGACCCGGUGACCGGAGACCACGUGCACAAGUCUGUGUUCAUCAUCUUCUUCCAAGGAGACCAACUGAAAAACCGCGUCAAGAAAAUCUGUGAGGGGUUCCGUGCUUCCCUCUAUCCCUGCCCCGAAACACCGCAGGAGAGGAAGGAGAUGGCUUCUGGAGUGAACACUCGCAUCGAGGACCUGCAGAUGGUGCUAAACCAGACGGAGGAUCACCGCCAGAGGGUCCUGCAGGCAGCCGCCAAGAACAUCCGGGUGUGGUUCAUCAAGGUGCGCAAGAUGAAGGCCGUCUACCACACCCUGAACCUGUGCAACAUCGACGUGACCCAGAAGUGUCUGAUCGCCGAGGUCUGGUGCCCCGUCACGGACCUCGAUUCCAUUCAGUUCGCCCUGCGCAGGGGCACGGAACACAGCGGCUCCACGGUGCCGUCCAUCCUGAACCGCAUGCAGACCAACCAGACCCCUCCCACCUACAACAAGACCAACAAGUUUACAUCGGGCUUCCAGAACAUCGUCGACGCCUAUGGCAUAGGCACCUACCGCGAGAUCAACCCCGCGCCCUACACCAUCAUCACUUUCCCCUUCCUCUUCGCCGUGAUGUUCGGGGACUUCGGCCACGGGGUCCUGAUGACGCUCUUUGCGGCCUGGAUGGUGAUGCGUGAGAGCCGGAUCCUCUCCCAGAAGAACGAGAACGAGAUGUUCGGCACCAUCUUCAGCGGCCGCUACAUCAUCCUCCUGAUGGGUAUCUUCUCCAUCUACACUGGCCUCAUCUACAACGACUGCUUUUCCAAAGCUUUGAAUGUCUUCGGCUCCUCCUGGAGUGUCCGCCCAAUGUUCACCAAGUAUAACUGGACGGAAGAGACUCUCAAGGGCAACCCGGUUCUCCAGCUGAACCCUGCCGUCGCCGGGGUCUUCGGGGGGCCGUACCCCUUCGGCAUCGACCCGAUAUGGAACAUCGCCACCAACAAGCUGACCUUCCUCAACUCCUUCAAGAUGAAGAUGUCCGUCAUCCUUGGCAUCGUCCACAUGCUGUUCGGGGUCACCCUCAGCCUCCUCAACCACGUCUACUUCAAGAAACCCCUGAAUAUCUACCUGGGCUUCAUUCCCGAAAUGAUCUUCAUGACCUCUCUGUUUGGCUACCUGGUGAUCUUGGUCUUCUACAAGUGGACGGCAUAUGAUGCCUUCACGUCAGAGAAAGCGCCCAGCCUGCUGAUCCACUUCAUCAACAUGUUUCUGUUCUCCUAUGACCCCAAAGCUAUCAUGCUCUACAAGGGCCAGAAAGGCGUCCAAUGCUUCCUCGUGGUCAUGGCGAUUCUGUGUGUGCCCUGGAUGCUGCUGGUCAAGCCGCUGGUCCUCCGCCACCAGUACUUGAGGAGAAAACACCUGGGGACUCACAACUUCGGUGGGAUCAGGGUGGGCAACGGCCCGACGGAGGAGGAUGCUGAGAUCAUCCAGCACGACCAGCUCUCCACCCAUUCCGAAGACCCAGAAGAACCUACCGAGGACCAGGUGUUCGACUUUGGCGACACCAUGGUGCACCAGGCCAUCCACACCAUCGAGUACUGCCUGGGCUGCAUCUCCAACACGGCCUCUUACCUGCGCCUCUGGGCCCUCAGCUUGGCCCAUGCCCAGCUGUCUGAGGUGCUGUGGACCAUGGUCAUCCACAUCGGCCUCAGCAUCAACAGCCUGGCGGGCGGCUUUGGGCUCUUCUUCAUCUUCGCGGCCUUUGCCGGGCUGACGAUCGCCAUCCUGCUGAUCAUGGAGGGCCUGUCGGCCUUCCUGCACGCUCUGAGGCUGCACUGGGUCGAGUUCCAGAACAAGUUCUACACCGGCACCGGCUUCAAGUUCCUCCCUUUCUCCUUCGACUGCAUCCGAGAGGGGAAGUUUGAUGAGUGAACCUCCCCUCAUACCCACCUGCCCCACCCCUCCCCUCCCUGGGGGCUUAUAGCUCUGACUGUAUCUGUGACUGUCUGUGACUGUGUUUGUGUGUGUGUGUGCACGUGCACCUGUGGGGACCCCCUUGCCCUAGGGGUGAUGGCCGCCUCGCUUCCCUCCCCACGCCCCACACCCAUUCCUGGGACUGGUAAGGAGCGAUACCUAGGGGGAGUUAGGGGGACCGGAGUUAGGGCCUCCUGUCUUGGCCAGAGAAACAUGGCCCUGCCCCUCGCCUGCAGCACCAGGGGUUUGCCCCCUGGCCAGAAUCUGUUGCCAUUGAUUUGCCCCCUGGCCAGAAUCCGUUGCAAUUGAUACGCGUUGCUGUGCUUAUGACAGCCAAGGUCCACCCUCACCCCGGUCUAUGAAGCGCUCUUCCCCUUGGGCUCGCUGUCCGCCCCCACCCCCUGCGUGUACGGAACGGUCCGCCCCAUGGGGUCACCAUCUUCCCCGGCCCCCGCGGCCGCCGCAGAGAUUCCCGCUCAGAAUAAAUGGUGUUUGACGUCA